UUUUCUUUUCUGGUCUCUCACUGUCCGUUGGAUCCAAACAGUUUACUGAGACUCGGAUCUGUCUCGGUCUCUCUAAAGUUGCUUCUCUCUCACACUCUCUGAAGCCCGUAACAUGAGCCAGUGUGUGCUUAUUACACACCAAUAUUACUUAUGAAUCUCAACACAGAGCCACCACAGCCCCACCGUCUCUCCACCUCCUGCGACCGCCACCCCGACGAGAACUUCACCGGAUUCUGCCCCUCAUGUCUCUGCGAACGACUUGCUGUCUUGGAUACCUCAAACUCUGCCUCCUCCUCACGUAAACCUCCUCCUAUCCCCACCACAUCCACCGCCGCCGCUGCCCUCAAGGCCAUAUUCAAGCAAGCCUCCUUGAAUUCAGGAGCAGGAGGCGGCUCAUCAAGGCCCUCUUUUUUCCCGGACCUCCGGCGGUCGAAAUCGUUCUCUGCCUCGAAAAACGAGGGAUUGGGUUUUUCUGGCCUGUUUGAGCCCCAGAGGAAAUCUUGUGACGUUAGGGCUCGAAACACUCUCUCGUCUCUAUUCUACCAGGAAGACGACCGAAAGCCGUCGAAGAAGGAAACCAGAGGAGCAAAUGCAGACAAUGAGGUUGUUGAUUCCAGGAAUUUAGCGUUGUCUUCCAGUGUUCGUGGUCCCGUGAAAGAGGAGGAGGAAAUUGAGAUUGAAACCGAAAGCCAGAGCGAUAACGAAGACGAGGAAAGCUUUAGGGACUCGGAGGAUUCCAAUUUAGGAUCAAAUGUCAACCCACACUCGAACCCCUUGAAUCCAAUCGAACACAGGGUUCCAGAGAUUGUUGAGGAAGAGGUUGAAGAGGAAGAAGACCCAAAUCAAGAGCCAGAGCCAGAGCCAGAGCCAGUGCUGGAGAUAGUGCACGAAGAGGAUAUGAAGCCAAUGAAGGACCACAUAGAUCUCGAUUCGCAGGCCAAGAAGCCAUCUGGGAGGGACUUGAAGGAGAUUGCUGGUAGUUUCUGGUCAGCCGCGUCGGUGUUCAGCAAGAAAUGGCAGAAAUGGAGGCAAAACCAGAAGGUUAAGAAGCGGAGAAAUGACGGUGGUGGGUCCGCCACAUUGCCUGUAGAGAAGCCUAUUGGGCGUCAAUACAGAGAAACCCAGUCGGAGAUUGCAGAUUACGGGUUCGGGAGGAGGUCCUGCGACACUGAUCCGAGAUUCUCCCUCGAUGCUGGUCGGAUUUCCAUUGAUGAUCCGCGAUACUCCUACGACGAGCCUCGUGCUUCCUGGGAUGGUUAUUUGACUGGGAGAAAUUUAGCUGCAAGUACUAGAAUGCCUACAAUGCUUUCUGUUGUAGAAGAUGCACCAGUCCAUGUUUCAAGGUCUGAUACCCAAAUCCCAGUUGAAGAACACAAAAGCUCGACCGAUGAAGACGGAACUCUUCCCGGUGGGUCUAUGCAGACUAGGGAGUACUACUCAGAUUCUUUUUCUAGGAGAAGGAAGAGUCUUGACAGGUCAAACUCCAUAAGAAACACUGCAGCAGCUGUAGUUGCGGACAUGGAUGAAAUGAAGUCUGUUUCUAACGCAAAGGUAACUCCAGCUACUGUUGAUUACUUUAAUGGACUGAAGUUACCAGAUAUGAAGGAUUGCUAUUCGAAUUCAUUGAGGGAUGAUUGCUCAGAAACUUUUGAGAUUGGAUUCAGAGACAAUGCAUCCGUGGUGGGUAAUGGUGAACGGAAGGGGACUAAAAAGUCCAGGAGAUGGAGUAAGGCAUGGAACAUCUGGGGUUUUAUACACCGACGAAGUAUUAACAAGGAUGAAGAUGAUGAUGGGUAUAGUAGAGCAAACGGAGUUGCGAGGUCUUUCUCGGAGUCUUGGCCAGAACUAAGGGGAGAGCGUAAUGGGGAAGCAAGGGGGGCUUUUAAUCCCAAAAUUUUGAGGAGCAACAGUAGUGUUAGUUGGAGGAAUUCUAAUGGCAUUGGUGGACCAUUUGGUAACUUAAGGAAGAAUGGUGUUGAGACGAAUGGGAAUGGAAAGGAGAGGAAGGAUGAAAUCGUGUUGGAAAGGAAUAGGAGUGCAAGGUAUUCGCCUAACGACAUUGAUAAUGGAAAACUGAGGUUCUACUUGACUCCUUUGAGGGGAAGUAGGAGAGCCGGAAUCAUGAAGAGUAGGGCGAAUCAUGCACAUUCUAUGGCGAGGAGCGUACUCGGAUUGUACUGAAAUAAAAGGUUCAUAAGGUGUUCUCUUUGGUAUAAUGUUGUUAAUUUUGAUGCAUUUGCUUUGUAAACCACACUUGCCUAAUGUAUUCUUGAUGGUUGGUUGGAUCAAAGCACCCUAGAUUGCUGCCUUCUGAGUGGCAUGCUUCUUCAAUCAUUUCAAAUAACAAGUUUUCCUUGUCUCAG